AUGCCAUCACAAAGAAAAACAACGACCCCUAGUCCCCAGCAGGCCUUAAGUGGUCAAGGGGUGCCAAGAAUCCCUGGGAAGUAUGCAAAAGCGGAGGGAUGUUGCAGAAAAAUUCAGAACGGCCCCUCUAUGGUACUUAGACUUGGAACGCUCAAUGUUGGAUCACUGACUGGCCGCAGCAUGGAAAUCGCAGAAAUGCUGGAACGUAGAAGGAUUGACAUCUGCUGCCUUCAGGAAACCCGAUGGAAAUCGAAUGGUGUCUGUCAUGUCAACUCAGACAAAGAAAAAUAUAAACUAUUCUGGAAUGGUCAAAAGAUGGCCAAAAAUGGUGUUGGAAUUUUUGUCAGAGAACCGCUAGCCCAAGAAGUACUGGAUAUUAAAAGGAUUAAUUCACGCGAUCUCAAUGGCCACGUUGGAGAGAAAACAGAUGGUUUUGACAACGUACAUGGCGGUUUUGGCUAUGGAAAACGGAAUGAAGAUGGCAACCGCAUCCUUGAGUUUGCUGAAAGUCACGGAUUUUGUUUACUGAAUACAUAUUUUAGAAAGAGGUUGGAACAUCUCAUAAAAUACAAAAGUGGCAAUGACCAAAGUUCAAAUGGCCACAGCAGCAUUUGUAUCACGAAUUCCAACAUUCCGAGCAACAAAUGCUAUUACGAGCAAAUAGUCCGAAGAAAUUGCUACGUUUCCAAAAAAGGAAAUGAUAGGUUGUUGCUUUCGGAUUUUCAAACUGUGAUUGGGGAAAAUGGAUUUAAGCGUAUGUCCCAAAGAAUUAACAAACAAUCUUGGGAAAAUUUCAACUUUGAAGAGCAUAAUGAACUACCAAAGCAGAUGGAUGGCCACAUCUGUGGAAUUUUCGUCAACAUGGUCAUGCUCACGUAA